UAGCUCGAAAGCAGCUCAAGAGCAUUCCUUGGUGGCAAUUUAGUCUUUUUCUGCUGAAAGGGGCCUGCAUGUACAGCAAACUUUAGUAUGGCGUUUGAAUGGAUAGUUUUUGCCUUUCUAGGACAAGCAGCUGUCUUCUGCAAUGGAGAUGUUGUGUACCAUCAAACAAUGACUCCAUUCUGGUUAGAGUCGCACGCGUCUUACAUCGACAGUCAACGCACAACAACCAAUGAACAGAUCACUUUUAACGCUGGCUCGGUAAAACACGCCUUACUUCUUAAAGUUCCCAUGAUUCUCCCCGGUGUCGUCAUGAGUAACAGCCGGCUAACCGCUGAGAUAACAGUGGCCCAUGACGUCACAAUCGGAACCACCUCGGAAAGCGAUAACAGAUACGGCGUAUCAGAUGGCACAAACUUCAUCGGAUUUCAUGUUCCUGAUAAAGCCAGUUAUUCCAACAGUGUUCCGCGCCCACCCUGCUAUGGAGUAGAAGGAACUGCUGGUUCGAGUUUACACGGGUUAAGGUACAUCAAUCGUGUAUCACCCAAACCGCAGGACUCCUUCUACCCGGGUCAAGUCGAGUUCACCAUUAAGUUAGAUGAGCGCUGGGGGUCGUGUUAUACCGCACAUGAUGCAGGUUAUACAAACGUGGCGAAAUUUAACAAACGAUUGGUGAUCAGUAAUGGACUUAAUCUUGAAGUUUAUAAAGACGAAGCAUAUGAAAGAGUUGGCAUCAAGUACAUUAAAGUCGCCAUUGUACAAGAUGCCUAGCUUAGAUCUCGCUUAAUAAAAAGCGAGCAGUUCCUCCUUUUCACCGAAGUUUGUCGCCUGAGUCAAAAAUAUAAGUGACAGAAUCAACAUCAGCUGGCGUCGCAGAACUGUGAUAGUAAGACUCACUACCUUCGUGCGCCUCACUUCCAGAGUUCAGCGCGAACCGCUAUCUUCAAUUUUUUACCCCCUUUUUUUUUUUUUAGUCGCACGAUGGACUUCGGCUGAAAAGUAGAGACUGCUUGUUGUCUGGCUUAGGAAAUACCACUGAACGUUUUAUUUUUGACGCUUUGAAUCAGUGUUGGACUUGGGUCGCAAAGCAAUAAUUGUAUUGUAAAAAUAUACUAAUGAGUCUACCAUGCGCUGAAAGUGUUUUCGUGUUUUAAGUAUCGGAGGCUGUUUGAUAUUAGAAACUGUUUCGAAAAAAGCGAGACAAAAAAAACUCAGAAGAAUAUCAAGGCAAGAAACUAAAGCAUUGUGUCAACAGUUUCUUGUCACUUAAUAAGAUAUUGUCCAUGUAUUAGAGGAACCGCAUACGACACAAAAGGAGUAUUUAGCUCAAUGUCAAUUCUAACAUAUGAUGGCUUUUCAUAGUUACUUGAAAAAGGUUUGCUUUCAGAUAAAUAUUUUAUAGUCUUCCAUAA